UUCCUUCUCGCAUGUCAACUGCAAAGGCUGAGCGUUAUUUGGUUUAAAAGGAAACAAUUUUGCUUGGCCAGCGCGGUGUCUUACAUUAUGUUUGCUUCUCAUAAACCGAGAGUGCAUCGCUCAAGCAGUGGCUGUUGCAUAUGUCGCUCGAAAUCCUCCAGCUCACGUUUCGCCACGACAGAAAAAUACGAAAGUCUCUUCACUGCUUGCUUUGGGGUCGAGCAAGGAUCCCGUACAGGCUUCAUAUGUAACGCGUGCGUUCUCGUUGUCAAACGUUGGCAGAAACUUCCCGAAGAAAACAAGAGGUCAUGUGCACACGUUGUGGACAAAAAGUGUAAAUUGCGAAGGGGCUCGAGGCGAUCUACGUCUACAGACGAGAAGACGAGAAAGAAAAGUGACGAAAAGUCGCCUCAAACCGAUCAAUCGAAGUGUGACAGCAGGCAAAAGAGCAAGGACCAAACCAAGAAGACAUGUGAAUCAAGCACCUCACCAACUUGUAGCUCGACGUCGAGUGACAUAUCAGAGACAGCACUUUCCCUAGAUGGUCGUACUUCAACCGCAUGCCAGACAUCCUUCUUUUUCCCACAAGUGACCGAGGAUGAAAUGAAGUUUCCCUUUAUCAAUCUUUGUGGUUGGCGUACUGAAGAAGUGUGUUGUGGGACCAUAUUCAAGGGGCCUAAUGGCGAGGUCUUGGUUGAUCCAAAAUUACUGAAACCGUUCUGCAAUUGUUCGCGUGGACAUGUGGUAAGACUGGUAAAAGGGGAAGGUAUUAUAUAGUGUUUUUCUGGAAACACAAGCUGUAAAUGCCAUUGAAUUGGUGGUCACUCUUGCUGAAAAUGUAUUUAUUUAUAGAACGUGCAUUUUUAAGACCAUUUUGCACUGCACUUUGUAAGUAGACUUUUUAAAAUUUUGAGAAACGAUCGCAUUCCGCGGUUAAAAUCUUUAA